AAUGAAAACCUAUGUUUUUCUUUCUUCUCCUCUUCCCUCCCAUCUCUCUCUCUCUCGCACCGCACACUUCAGACCCCCUCUUUUCUUCCCUCCUUUCUAUCCCUCACGCCCCUUCCUUCUCUUCCUUGCGCCGACACAACCUCACAGCCCCUCUCGCUCUUCUCUCCCCUCCCUUCUCUGCCUCGCGUAGCAGAAAACCUCACAGCCACCAUAGAUCGACGGAAGACAGUACCUACAGAAACACUCCCUCUUCCGAAGCUUAAGGUGGGAAAACCAUAGACCCUGCGAUCAAGCUCCUCGGGAAGACGAUCCCGGUGGCUGGGAUUCCGACCAACGGCUCCAUAAACAAUUCCGAAGCUUAAGGAACUUGGAUUUUCUAGUUGGUUGAAAAUAAGAUGAGGAUAGAGAAGUGUUGGUUUUGUUCCUCCACUAUCUAUCCAGGGCACGGUAUUCAGUUUGUCCGCAAUGAUGCAAAGAUAUUUCGUUUUUGUAGAUCCAAAUGCCACAAGAAUUUCAAGAUGAAGAGGAAUCCUCGCAAGGUGAAAUGGACUAAGGCCUAUAGGCGGUUACAUGGAAAGGACAUGACUCAGGAUUCUACCUUUGAGUUUGAGAGGAAGCGGAAUAGGCCAGAGAGAUAUGACAGGAACGUUACGGAAAACACACUGAAGGCCAUUAAGACGAUUGAUAAAGUCAGAUCAAGGAGGGAGGCUAAACACAUUGAGAGGAGAAAGAAGGGAAAGAAGGCCCAGCAAAUGAGAGAGGCAGUAAAGGAGCUGGAACAGAGCAUCAGCUUGGUCAAAGCCCCAUCUGUUCUCAAGGAGGACCCAUCUCUCACUCUUCCGAAGAUCAAGGUCAAGGUGUCCCAAGCACUGGCAGAGAACCAACCUAUGGAAGAAUGACUCCAUCGAUCAUUUUGUUGCCUGCGAAAGGGUUGUACCUGCUCUUCAAAAUAUUUGUAUUGUGCUUUUAUUUGUUGUUCUGCGCAUAGGAAGUACUCCUCUCCCCAUCCGAUAUUGUAGAUCUUUUUGAGGAUUUUGUUUCGUUGAAAAAGAACC